AUGUCAGGAAUCGCUGCCGGACGGCUUGCUGAAGAGAGAAAGCAUUGGCGAAAGGUAAAUUUUAAAUGUUUUAACAAUUCACUGUCAAUUUGCAACUUUUAGGACCAUCCAUUCGGAUUCAUCGCCAAGCCAGUCAAAAACCCCGAUGGAACAUUAAAUCUUUUCAACUGGGAGUGCGCCAUUCCCGGAAGAAAAGACACAAUUUGGGAGGGAGGACUCUACAGGGUGAGAUUUCGAAUGAAAACAAAUAAUUGUGUGUCAUUUUUAGAUCCGUAUGCUCUUCAAGGAUGAUUUCCCAUCGACCCCACCAAAGUGCAAGUUUGAGCCUCCACUUUUCCAUCCGAACGUCUACCCGUCUGGUUAGUCGGCACUAAUGGUGUGUUUUCCAAACUAUCUCGUUACAGGAACAGUUUGUCUGUCUCUGCUCGAUGAGAACAAGGACUGGAAGCCAUCAAUUUCUAUCAAGCAGCUUCUGAUCGGUAUCCAAGACCUGUUGAACCAUCCGAAUAUCGAGGACCCGGCUCAAGCCGAGGCUUACCAAAUCUACUGCCAGAACAGGUAAUUCUUAUGCGUGAUGCUGUGAGUUGAACUAGUCAAUUCCAGAGCUGAGUACGAGAAGCGUGUGAAGAAGGAAGCCGUGAAAUACUCGGCAGAAAUUGUGCAGAAGCAGAUGCUCGGAUAG